CCAACUGUUUAUUAAGCUCUCUUAGGAUAGACUUAGGUCAAGACGAUUGCAAACUUUUGUCAAACUAUCGUCUGUUCGUCACUUUAUCUCUAGUCCCGACCUAGGAAGUUAGACCAAACGGAAGUCGGAUAAGGCAACUUUACGAUGGUAUUGGACACUUCUAAUUAAGGAUGCAAGAAUUUGACAAGCUGAACCAAAUGGAUAAUUAUGAAAAACCUAGUGACAAAUCUGGGAAGCUAUCGCUGGAUAAUAUAGAAAAAUUACAAUCUCUUGGAAAUAUGCACAAUGAAUGUUUGACUGAGCUGCCUACUAAUGAGGAUAAGGGCAUUGUUAACAGUGAUGUUAUUAGUUUGUCUUCUGUGAAGCCCCCACACAAUAGCCAAUCUGAUUGUUGUAGACAUGACAUUUCUUCAGAAGGUUCUAAUACUAAAUCCACCUGUAUGGAGGCCUGUAAGGCAUUGCAACCACGUGUUGGUGGUCACUCUCGGUCACAGUCUGACGGAUGUCAGAAUAUCCAGCGUGAUGCUACUCACUGGCACUCAUUGCACACUCAGGAACUUCACACUUGCCCUCCUCAUUCCACACCCUUAGGUGGAUCCUUGGCUAGGAGCCUGAAUAAAUUAAAGGAUGUUUCUAAUUCUUAUGAUCAUAUUAUGGGUGAAGUCAGUCUGCCUUCAUCUUUGAUUGAUUAUUCUUCUUCUGCAUCUUUUACUGAAAGAGAUGACACUUCAAAGUUGGAAAAUCACUCCUUAUUUGGAAGCAGAUUCCCUCGACCUAAACCAGGGGAAUCUUUGAUUAGUUUUUUAUCUUCUGCUGAUCACUACAAGAAAUGUGGUGCACUGGAGAGGGAAAAUGCACACUUCUACAUCUCAGAGGCACUUAUGGCUGCAUUUGAAAAAAUGCGUUUUGAAGCUGAGUGUCGAGAUGCUGGACUGAUGAGUGACUUCGAUGAUGACAGCGAUGAAGAGAUUUCAAAUUUACAAAAAGAGAUCAGAAGAAAACGUCUUGAAAAAUUGGACAGACUACAGUAUAAGGAUGUAAAAAAUAGUGCUUCAAACUCCUCUAAUUCUGCUGUAGGAAACCUGCCUUCUGCAAGUACAACUGACUACAGUCUGUACGAGUCUCCUCGUAGCAGCACACACACAGAGUCUUCAGAUCCAGAACUUACACCAUCCCAUGAACAAGGUGUGAGACUGAUGUCAAAAAACACCUCUACUCUUGGUCGACCUCGCAGAAAAACUCUGAAGCGAUCACGGACUCGCACAGAGCGUCUUGGUGGCAGCAGUAUUCUAUCUUCAUCAGGCUGCAGUGGACUAUGUGAUACAAGUACUUAUGAAUCUUCCACUAAUGACACUAUUGACACUAUUGACUUAGUGACGUCAACACACCAAAUGCCCAUAAGCAAGAAAACAAGUGACUCUGCAAGCCAAACUUCAAAUGAUGGCAGCUCAGACAACAAAACUCUAAUGGGUCCAGAAGAUGCAUCAGAUGAUCAUUUUAUUACUGGAAAUGAAAAUUACCUCUCAAAAGACAAAGAAUCUGAGACUCAAGCUGAUGAUCAAACUUCCUUUAGCAAUAAAUCUUCUAGAAUAACUCGUAGAAACAAUGAUAGUUCCUCUUCAUAUUUAUUAGAACCAAUUGGCUAUGGCUUUGUAAGUCCUAACACCUCCAUUAAUAAGGAUGAGUUGCCGCCACACAUUCCUCACCACCGCACGGCUGAAGGCAUCGGGCUACAUCUUCUCCAGCAUUUGGGCUCCCCUCAGCGACAACUCCCUAAAGCCUCCGACUUGCAGUGGCUUGUGUCAGAGCGAGAUGCUCCUCAAGAGCUGCUGCCUCUUCCUGAUGGUCCCUUGGGUGUCAAAGAUCAAGUGCUGCUCAGAGGCACAUCUGACUGGGCACCUCCUCGAGAACAGCUCAUUCUUUCGCAACUCAAAAAGUUAAGCCGCAGUCGUACCAUGAGCAACCAGAAGUACCGCUGCGCUGGUUGCGGCCAACACGUCAGUCCCAGCCUGAGCAAACAUUACCGUCUCUGCCACUACUUCAUGCGAUAUUUCUGUGCCACAUGCCACAUGAACCAGACACACGUUAUUCCUGCUAAGAUGUUACACGAGUGGGAUGGCAAGGCAUACCCUGUGUCCUGUUUUGCUCAUCAGUUCCUGACCCGUCUUGCUCCUGAGCCUCUUCUCUACCCAUCUACGAUCAACCCUUCCCUCUACUCCACCAGCCCCCCUCUACAACAGUUUCGACUCUACCGGGUCCAGCUCCUCUACUGCCUGCCUUAUAUAUACUCGUGCAGUCGAGCCGCUCGCGAGGCCCGCCUGGCCAGCUCGUUCUGUCCCGACCACUGGCGCAGCGACGGUGAGGUCGUGUCGCUGCAGGAGCUCCUCAACAUCAAGACCCACGCGGGGGCCGUGGUAGGCACCAGCAAGUCUCCUCUCACCCCGGGGGGCAGCGUCCUGCUCGCCCUUCAGUACAUCACUGCCAAGUGUCUCGACCACGUCUCCAACUGCCAGGCGUGCCAAGGCCGUGGGUUUAUCUGCGAGGUCUGCCAAGACGAGACUCCGAUUUUCCCGUUCGAGUUGUCGACGGUGCGCGUGUGUCGAGACUGCAGCGCCUGCAGCCACUACCGCUGCCCUCUGCGCCGCUGCACGCGCUGUGACCUCAGGAGGCACAAACGUACGCGCUCUUAUGAGGCCAAAGAGCCUCAUAAAGCACGCUCUUAUGAGGCCAAAGAGCCUCACAAAGCACGCUCUCAUGAGGCGAAAGAGCCUCAAAAAGCACGGAACUGCGACACACGCGCACCGCAAGAACCUCCCACUGAUGUUGGUGCGUCCAAGGAGGGCCAGAGUGUCGCGGGAAAAACUUUUUCUCAUCAUCCUGACGAAGGAAGUUGUACGGAGGUGGAUGGGAACGCACCAGAUCCUACCACUAACCGGGAUACUCGUGUAGAGGUAAGCGAAGAACGCCGUGCUGGGAGUGAGGAUGUAUCUACGGCUGACGCAUCAACUAUUAGCGCAAAUUCUACUAUUUCAUCGGUCGUUGGUUGUCAGGGGUGUUGUUCUUUAAAGCUCGAGUCCAAGUUUAAUGCUUCUUCUUGUCUAUCUUUGACUUGUAUGCAGGAAGCUGCCACUGUGGCUGCUGCCGCACUCACUGACACUGAUGUGACCGCUGGCAGAGCUGUGCACUGCAAUAACACGGCUACUGCAACAUCACAUCGCUGUAAGGGCCUCGCUUCUCAUAAUUGUGAUGCUAGUUCACAAAUAUCAACAAAAAAUUGCGUUAUUCACGUAGGUGCUGAUCAAUCCCCUGGCGUCAAGAACGUGAAUUUUGUAGCUGAAACUCAUGUCAUGGCUCCGAGAGCGUCUGAUACUGAUGAUAGUCUUGGAAAUAACACAUCUCAGUCUGAUGAUAGAGGAUCUUACCAGUCUGUUGGAUCAGGCAUCUUGAAAGGCGUCGGAACUCUCCGACCUUUCGUGAGUUUGCAAGGAUCUUUGUACCCUUCCGAACGACCCAAACGCAGAGUUCUUCUCAAUAAUUUAUCAUUUCGUGAGGCAUGAAAGCUUUCAAUAGAACUUCAGUUUCUGAACGGCCUGAACGCAGAGCUGUUCUCUAUUAUUUAUCAUUGCUCUAGAAAUGAACAUGAAAGAUAGCACAGAUUUCUUUGAGCUUCCGAACGGAGAGCUAUUUUCAGCUCGCUAUUGCGCUAGGAAUUACGUGGCAGAAAAUGACGCGGCGCGAUUACGUGAUAAAAAUACCCUAUAUAGAUCUUGCGAGCUCUUUGUGCAACUAAUAUAGUCGAUGCAUUCCGCAGCCACUGUAUUCGGAUAAUAUGACCUUUCAUUUUCUCUGUGUGCGUGCUGGUAAUAGCGUGUGCAGUUUUCAUAUGCCAGCCUUUACGCUGACUUAGUACAAUUAAAAAAUCUACGUAAAAUACUGAAAAAAUCAGUUUUCAUGUUGAAAUGCCCCCAUAGAGAGCGUUUCACCAUUAAAACCCAUUUCCAAUUUAUUUUAGUAUUCCUGAAACCAGAAUAUUUUAUCAGAGAAACAGUCACUUUGUCCAAACAUCGAAACGCGUUUUGUCCUGCCUCAUUCUGACCAAGUUAGGCUCGGCCAAACAGCGUAUCAGUGCUACGUCCGCUCUCUAUUCCUGCUGUAGGUAAAAAUGUGCCUGGACAAUUUGAGCUAUUAAUUUUUUUGAGUGUCUGCCGAUAUCGACAUCUUUAUUCUUUGCAUUUCUUUUUCGUAGGAAUUCUCGUAAUUUUAUUGAAUUAACAAUAAAAGAAUUCAUUCAAAACAUUGAAAUUCUCGUAUUAAUCGCUUAAAUUGAAUUUUAUUAGAAUUAAGGAUGACAUGGCAUACCUACAUUUCAGUGUACGUCUGUUUACCUCGUGAUGAAGAUCGUUCCGCUGGAGCUCGUCUCAGCAAUUAUUCCAUUAUAGGAUAUUCUUCAGAUGUUGUUAAGCUCUCAGCCUUCUCUACGACCAUCUAUACAUGGCUAUAGUACAACUCAGUUCUGCUCUUUGUUGGGAGCUAUGAAGUGCUGCACGACAAGACCAUGCCACUACUGUGUGAAGUACAGAGUGCAGUGUAAUCCUACACUCAUCUUGUUGAGUGCAGUGUAAUCCUGUAUUCAUCUUAUUGAGCACAAUGUUCAGUGCGGUCUAAUACUCAAUUCAAUUGUAUAUCACAUCUGCCGACUGCCUACUUUGCUUUGCUAUGAUAAACACAUGAAAACAUUAAUCAUGUCUGCUGCUUGAAUUACUUUGAUUAUUUGUUAUUUGUAAGUUAGACGGACAUCUCUCCAUUUCUUGGCUCAUACAAUGCGUGCACCAUCAGGGCUUGUUCUACAGCGCUUCAUUGAUCUCUCUUUUCCUCGAUCAAAUUCAUGUGAUUUAGCAGUAAGGAUCAUCAUUAAUCAAUUAAUAAUUUAGAAAUCAGGUCAAUGGCGCACGAAGUCUUUGUAGCAUGCCUCGAUUUAUAAUUAGAUUCAUGGCUGCUUUAGAUUCAAUUAAAACCAUUCCCACAAUUUUUUAGUCAAUGAGGCUGUUUCUGAAGACAAUUUCUGCUCAAGUAUUGUUUCUUAAAUAUUUGAAUAGGAUUAUUCCAGUGAAGAGAUGCCUGAACCAUCCCCUGCAUCCGUCCAGUCAACGCAUGCCACGCCAGUAUCGUACGUGCGUUGAACAUUUUCAUUUUUAGCGCAUUUUCUCAUUUAUGGAAAAAAU